GGGGCGGCCUUUGGGUCCUUCCAACGGUCUGGGGGCGGGGAAGGAGGGGAGGGGAAGCAGCCACCCGAGGAUGUGGAGCAGCGGCGACCCCUCGGCUUCGGGCGGCACAGAGCGAGACCCCGAUUGUUCAAUGCCUGUUGGCUCUUUCAAGAAAAAGAAGGUGGCAAAGAGGCUAGAGGGACACACGAGAACAGAAACACAGGCAGAACUCCAGCCUUCUUGUGACUGUGAGCCAUUGAGCCUGAAGGAACUUCAACAUCAAGACAGAAAACACUGCAGAAUUCCUAAGAACUGCUCUCAGCAGGGGCAAUGCAACACAGAGUUGAGAUUGUUCCAUUGCAAUGAAUGCGUGAAUAGGGUCCCAGUUUCCCUUAGUGUGGCAACAGGAGUGUCUAGAAAUAUAGUAGCUGACCUUGAAGUUCAACAGACUAAUAAGCAAACCAUAUCUGUUUGCCCUGCAUUUGCUAUUUGUCAAGGAGACACCUUCCCUUCAUACAGCUCAUGUGUACAGCAAACCAAUUUGCUAGAGGUGACUCAUCAUGGUGGAUUGCAAGAGCAAGAAAUAAUGCAUGCAUUAGGUCAUAAAGAAGUGGACCAUUACAAGGCUUCUGAAAACAAGGACAUCAUCUUUAACUCUUCCAGUUCUCGAGAUCAUUUUAAUUCAAGUUUUAGCUUCAUACAACUGUCAUUAUUAAACUUGUCUUCUGAAACAAAUGGCAUUGGAUACCCAUCACACUGUGGUGAAUCUAAAGAGGUUCAACAAACAUGUGGAGCAGAAAAAGCUGAACAUGUUAAUUUGCAUGUUCUUGAAAAGGGUAAAAAAACUCCAGAAAAAGAACGGAGCACUUUGUCAAAUAAUAUGUGUGGUGAAAACUACAAGGGUCUGGAAGAGACUGCAGAGAAUACAUUGCAGAAUUGUGAGAGCCCCUCGCUUUUGCAUGCAAAUGCGGGAUUUUGCUGUUCUACCGAUUCCUUGGGUGAAGCAUCUGCUGGUUCUUCUGUGACUUCAGGCUAUGAAAGUAGUAACACUGGAAGUGAUCAUUGCUGGGAUGCUCUAAUGAAGAAAUAUGAACCAGUGCUGCAAGAGUGCUUAGUGGGCAACCGUAAUAUAUUAAAGGUAAAAUCCUCAAUAAGAAAACUCCAAACGCUUCAGGAGAAAGCAGUAGCUGAGGAUGAUUAUGAGAAAGCUGAUAAAUUUAGAAGAAAAAUUGAAGAGUUGCAGAAAGAGAAAUGUUCAUUAAAAUUUCAGCUUCCUUCUCGACAUCCUUCAAUUAGCAGCUUUAUGGACAGAUUCAAAACACAAGUUCAAAUAACAUUGAAUGGAGAUGUUCCUAGGUGUAGGGAAGAAGAAAACCAGCUUUUCCUGCAAAAUCAACAGAAGGUUUUAAGUCUUCCUUACCAUGAAAAAACAUUGGCUUCAGUCACAAAACGAGAUCAGUUGCUUGAAGAAAAGGAGAGGAUACAGAAGGAAAUCGAAGUUCUUAGAGGAAGACUGGUUCUGCUAGAAGCUAAAGACCAACAAUUAAGGAGAGAAAUUCAAUUGCAAGAUCACUUCCUCCAGGCACAGGAUUGUGAGCUGUCUGCCUUGCUCAGCUGGGUGUCUCCAAGAGAACUACAAGCAAUAUGUAAAGACUUGGCUGAUAUUUCAAAGGCAUCAUGUAAAAUUCCACAUAGCUUGGAUUUUCCAGAAUCUAUAAAAAGGCUUCAAGAAAAAGAAGCAUUGCUCAAUAUGUCUGUUAAAGAUAUUGCUGCCAAAGUAUGUACCAGUCAGAAGCUCUGUAGCACUUUUAGAAGCAAAAUGAGCGAUAUCGAGACUCAACUACCAGUUCUCCUUGAAGCCAAAAUGCUUGCUGUAUCAGGAGGUAAUUUCUGUAUUGCUAAAGAACUUACAGAAGAGAUUAAAUCAUUAACAGCUGAAAGAGAACGGCUGGAGGAACUUCUCAAAGAAUGGUUGACCCUGAGUGCCAAAAAUGUCCACAAAUUAGAUAGAAUGAAAGAAGGUUACAGGAGAGUGAAGGAAGAAGUAGAGCAUCAGGAGUCCACCUUUGAGAAGGCAUUAAAGGAGAAUGCUGUCAAAUAUAUGGAAAUUCUAGAAGCAAAAUUACAAAGCUGUGGGAGCCAGCUUCUUGAAAGAGUGUGGGAAGUUGACAUAGAGGCCUGUCAGCUGUUGAUCCAAGGCUUUCAACUGAAAGAAAGUGGUGGUUGUGUUUCUGAGGGAGAAGAGAACCAAACAGAUGAAAUGGAGGAUGCUGCUGUCGCUUCUUUAAGUACCAAGCAGGAACAAUCAAAACACUUUCCAGUUAAGGACUCCAAGCAGAGUGCUCUCCAGUGCCAUGUUAUCCAAAACAAACAUAGAAGGAGACACUGGGAACUGGAAGAGGACUGCCAUAUGCUUUCCACAGAGGUUAAAGAGAAAUGUGAAAAAAUAAGUGAGAGGCUGAAACACCUGGAAGAUCAACUUCAGAGAACAAUCUGCAGCUGUGACGAAGGUCUUGUUGAGUCUCUACAGAGGGAGAUCCAGAUGGUGAAGGAAACUCUCCAGGCCAUGUUGGUGCAACUCCAGGCACCUAAGGAAGCAAAAGAAGAUGCUGGUGCAGACUUCCUCAGUGACAGCUGGUGCCUGGGAAAGCAAAGCUUGGACAAGUAAUGAAGAGGAAGGUGGAGGGGAGAAGAUUAAUUUGCAGGAGUGGAUCUCAGGAACUGCUUUAGCAGGCAACGAGAUUCCCUCCCA